AAGUCGGCUCAUGGCGACAAUUUGUUUUGGUUUUUCACAGUAAUGGCCAACUUAACAAUUUGCAGGUUCAGCAUGUGCCCUCAGCAUACAUGCUUCUUUUCCUGACCACACUGCCCAUAUCUCUUCUAUAACACAUCACAUGGUACCCAGAUUUAUUCAAGCUUUUAUGUUCAAAUUACCUUCUAUAUAUACAUAAGCAUUCUUAGUACACCCCCUGCUCCAUCUUAUUCUAAUCCUUUUUCAGUCUUCUAUCUUCUGUCCUACUUAUUCAAUGGCUACAAUUCAGAUUUCACUUGUAUUGGUUGUGUUAUUCUUGCAUCUGCUCUCAGGUGCUUGUUCGUCGACGUUCACGGUUGUAAACAAAUGCAGCUAUACGGUUUGGCCUGGGGUAUUGUCAAGUGCUGGUAUCCCACCACUUUCACCUACAGGUUUCAUUCUUCAACCGGGGCAAUCAACAUCCAUCGAUGUUCCGACGUCUUGGUCAGGUCGGCUAUGGGGUCGAACUCUAUGCACCAAAAACUCUUCCGGAAAAUUCUCUUGCCUCACUGGAGACUGUGGCUCGUCCACACUAGAAUGCUCCGGAACUGGUGCCAUCCCUCCUGCAACCCUUGCAGAGUUCUCACUGAAUGGUGCCGGGGGAUUGGAUUUCUAUGAUGUUAGCCUUGUCGACGGAUACAAUCUACCGAUGAUGGUUGUCCCACAUGGCGGAACUGCAGGUAACUGUAGCUCAGCUGGAUGUGCUGUGGAUUUGAAUGGAGACUGCCCUCUAGAGCUCAAGGUGGUCGAUGGGAGUGAAGGUGUGGCAUGUAAUAGUGCAUGCAAUGCUUUCAACCAACCCCAAUAUUGCUGCAGUGGAGCUUAUUCGACUCCGAAUACGUGCAAGCCGAGCUCUUACUCAAAAUAUUUCAAGACCGCGUGUCCUACAGCUUAUAGCUAUGCCUACGAUGACGGAACGAGCACCUUCACUUGUGCCGGUGCCAAUUAUGUUAUCACGUUCUGCCCUGCCCCUUCUACCAGCAUCAAGUCGUCCAAUCCGAUGGCGGUCGACGUCUCGGCUGGUUCAGGGCCUUCAUCAUCAUCAGCUCUCAUUGCUGGUACACUCACCACUUUGGCCGCAAUAUGGCAGUUGUGGCAUCUCUUUUGACAAUGCCAAGCUGCUAACCGACAAACAUUAGGAAACUCGGCAACUCGCGACCAACCAGUUUGGUCCCGAAUCUAAAACAUCCAAAUGAUAUCAGAUUCUCUUCGGCCUGCAAUUUGCUUUCCUCAAAUUCGCCAACUUGAAGCUAUUGUAAUAUACGUACAAAAGGUAGAAACAGAUUUACAUGAGACAUUUACUGGGGGCAGACAAGAUGAAGACUUGUUUUGAAUCGAUUAUUAGACCUAAGUUGCAGGAAAAAGACAGUGGUUAGUUGGCUAACGUUAAUGUUUUGUUAGUGUUGCCUGCUAAUGCCAACGGAGAUGACUUCAUUUGUCUCUAUUUGUUCAUACGGAUGUGCAAUUUUUUUUUCUUACCUUUUUAUC